UAAUAGCCAAGAGCGUACUGAAAAGUAACCCGUCUGGUCCGACAACUCUGGCCGAAGGCCCGACUGUUGCUGCAUCUGUCGAUCAGAGUUGAAUUCAAUGCCAAAUCUCAGUUUUGCAUGGUAAAUCCAAAAUCCAAACUCCCAAACCCAAAACCUAAAUCAAAUCCUUCGUCUCCCUAUCCUCCUCCUUUCGUGUAUCUGUGAAUAAAUUUUGUUUCCAAUUAAUAGAUAUGUCCAAGUCUGGUAAGGAGAGAUCCAACUUUCGCGGUGGGGGCGGCGGCGGUGGUGGUGGCAGUGGCGAUGGCGACGAUGGCGAUGAGGAUGAUGAGGGUGUUAGGAGCAGGGAUGAUGGGAAGAAUCGGAGAGGAUAUGGGUGCGGAAGGAAUCUCGGAAAGGCGAAGCAGGUGGUUUUAUUUCCAUUCAGAAAAGCCAAGAAACAGCUGGUUUAUUCUGGGAGAAAAAGGUCCAGAUCGAGUUCUUCUUCUGCAAGUUUUUCAGGUAAGAGGGAGGGUUUUGUGGGUUGUUUCCUUUGUUUCAAGCAGCCACAGACUAUGGAAUCACCUGCUAAUUCUCAGACAAGCGACCCCAACAACCCAGCAUUUACUUAUGAGCAUUUGAAAGUUCUGAUUGAGAAGAACGAUUUCUAUUCCAAGGAAUGCAAUCCCCAUAUAGAUAUUCCCUCAUUUGCAGACUGAUACAUCCAUUCCCCCUCUCUCUCUGUUUCUGUUGUUGUGUUGUUGCUGCUGCUGCUAUUGCCAUCCUUAUCCUUGAGACGAUUCUUGAUUGCUUGAAGGACUUUUCAAAUCAUGGGGUUUCUGAACAUAAAGCUUUGAUUUUUCUCUGAGUGCAAGGGAUAUGAAUGCAAUGUUUUUGGGCACUCUGGCAUUAAUAAUUGUUCAAUGUGAGAGGCUAGUUCCCAGAGACUACACUUUUGAGGGAUUCCUUUCGAGAAAGAAAAAUAUUGCCUAAAGCCAAUUAAAGUAUUAGCAUACUUAAAGCCAUUGUCCCCUCAGUUUUAUCCAAUGUACUUUUUCUGGAGCAUGGAUUCUAAUUGAAGUUAAAAAUACCAAGAACAGUUGGGGAAAGAUAGAUUUCAUUCUUGCAUUGGAUGGGAGAUCAUGUGCAAAUACACACAUUAAUUUCAUUGGCAAGUUUUGACAAAGACAAUUAAGAGUUCCUUGAUUCCCUGCAGCAGUGGAUCUGGUGUUGAAAAUUGUUCAAUUUAUGGAGUUUUUCCCCUCCCAUGUUCUUUAUAUUACCAAAUUCAUUCUGUGAAGAUUGUAAAGUUAAAUUUUUUGGAUCCCGAAACGAAUUCAAGAUUUUGUUCAUUU